UUGUGAGAACAAAACGACUCCUCGAUUACCAAGCAACGCGUUGCCAAUGGUUGCUAGUUGUUCCCUUGUUGUAGAUACAAACAACACAGUAGACUUUUUAACCGUCCAUUGCUUUUUUCGUCAUUCAACCUGCAGCUAGUGGUGAAAACGGAAGCAAUUCGCAAGAAAAAUGGCGACCGAACACGAAGGAGAUUUGAGUGAAAUUUCGAGUCUUACUGACUCUAGCGAUGAAGGUAAAAAGGUAGUGGAAGAGGUCGUCGAAGCAGUGGAAGAAGUCGAUAAACCGGCAUACUCCGAUGAGGAUCUGGAAACGUUGGUCGGUUUCAUCCGUGGAAUGAUUAUCCUGUUCGACUACGAGGAUGAUGAUUUCAACGAGGAAGUGGCCGAAACCAUCAAACUAUGGCUGACGGAUGUUAAUAAUCCGCUGCUAUUCAUCUUCUACGAUGGUAAUAGGCUGUCGGCUUCGUUAGCAUUCCCACUGUGUCCCAUCAACGAUCUGAUGUACUUUAUGCGCGAGCCGGAACAACUGUUUAAUGUGCUGGAGAGUUUCCAUGAUGACAUCCUGUUCGGGACGCUCCAUGGUGACAUUGAAGGUUCGUUGCUGGUACAACUAGAGCAAGUAUACGGACCAAUGAUACUGUCGAAUGUGGACUGGUCGGAAAAUGUAAAGGCGAACAUGAUCAAUGGAUUCAACGCGUUCAUGACGUACUUAACGGAGUUACACUACAAGCUGUCCGGUUUUACCUUACUGUACGUGCCCCGGGAGGGAAGCGAUAUGGAGAUACAGGAAGUGGUGUUGAAUCGUUCAAUGAUAAAGCGUCUCGAGGCGGUAGUGAUUGACUGGACGGGGCAAAUUCGAGCAACGCUUAGUGAUACGCAGCAUUUCGUCCCGGACGAUCUUGUAUGUCCUUCGGACGAGUAUAGCUUCUGGCUUUAUAGACAUGAAGUACUUUCGGCUAUAAGACUCCAGUACAAGGGACCCAAUGUGCAGCAUAUAGUCCGUAUACUUGAACUGGCUCAAUCGCUUUACAUAAAACAUCUCAAAGACGUACUGGAAGAUCUAGACAAGGAAAUAGAAAUAGCGGAAUCAAAUAUUCCCUUUCUGAAGUUGCUGGUUGAUCCAUGCUUUGCGAUUGGAACAUUGGAAACGGCGGAUGACUUCUGCUCGCAGCUGAUCUAUGUCAUGCACAUCAUACGCUUCAUUGGGCAGGAUUCGAAUUAUCUCAAUAAGGAUGAAAGCAUUACGAAGCUGUUUCUGUAUCUUAGCAACGAAAUCGUAGCAUGCUGCAUGCGUGGCAUCGAUAUUGAUCGUAUUCUAGCAGGAGCACCCCGGUACGGCAUUGAGGUGUGUCGAAUGAAAAUUAAUUGCUGUGAAUCGUAUAAGAUCAUCUACGAGGAGAUGUUGGAGCACUUUAAGGGAGAGUUCACCUGGAAUUUAGACUACGCGGCCAUUUUUAAUCGCAUCAAUGCGUUCCUGCAGCGAUUGAACGACAUUCUGGAAAUCUGUGACGCAAUGCUUAUCUUUGGAAAGUAUGCGGAAAGUACGGCCUACACCUCGUACCGCUUCUUUUGCAACAAUGCGGAAGAGUUUGAACGACGCUGCGAACAGGUGGAGAAGAUCUUCCACAAUGCCCUGGAAACGAUCGAAUCCGUCGGCAGUACGAUACUGGACAUUAACAACAAAGACUGGUAUCGGUAUAUUGGAGAGUUUCGAGAAAUGCUGAAAAGUCUAGAUGACAUCAUAGAAAACCUACUCUCGAACGUGUUUCUUAUGUCGGAAAAUUUGGAGGAAAAACUGAACGUGCUCGUGACGCUGCUUAACUUUUACAAGCGAGAAAACAUUCGCGAAAGUUUCAUGCGCAAAAUUGGUGAGGUGUGGGGCAUGCUGAAUGACGAGAUAAUGCAACUUUCGAAGGAUAUAUCGGCUGGCAUAACGGAGUAUCCCGCACUGUUGCCUCCCCAUGCGGGUCGUUAUGCUGUGCUGAAGAUGCGCUUUGAUCAUUUGACACAUUUGCGCACGUUAGUCGUAAAUUGUCGCUUCUUCCCAGAGUAUCCCCAGCAGGAGGAAGUAUUGGCAUUGUACGAAGCGUGCGAGAAACAAGUAAAGGCGGCUCUAAAAGGCUUCAGCGAGUCGUGGAACAAAUCGAUCACUACCGAUAUGGCGUCCUGGUAUCAGCGGAAUCUCAUCUGUCGUAGCAACCUGCGGCCGGGAUUGUUUGAGGUGAACAUCGAGCGUCGGCUGUUAGUUCUCUUUGACGAAGCGUACUACUUCAAAACGUUGGCCGUUAACGUUCCAAUGAGCCUGGAUCUGGAGAAGCACGAAAACACGCGACUGACAUUUGACAAUGUGCUGCGGUUGGUGCUGUAUUUUAAUGGAGUCAUUUCUUCCAUAUCGGAUAAAGAGCGAUUGUUCUUCAAGCCAAUGAUACAGCAAACGGAGCGCAAACUGGAACCGCUGCGGAGCAAACUCACCUGGGAGGAAGAUCUCAGUGAGUUUAUAGAAGGAUAUGUGGUGAAUGUGCGCGAGCUACUCGACCUGAUCGAGUUGUAUAAGCGCGAAAAUCACAAAAUAUCAACACUGGUGGAACGCAUUUAUGCAAUGAUUUUUGUACGCCUCGAACAACAGCAUCCGGUCAAUAUGACGCAGCUCAUGAACAGUGUCGCGGAGCAGAAGAAGACAGUGUUUACCGAACUGCUCGAGGUGCUGACGGAGGUGAGCCAGAACAUUUUCACCGUGUACGACAGUCUUGGUUCGAACAUACGCAAGAUGGGCACGAUCUGGGAACAAUAUUUGCACAAAAUUGAUAAGCUCCUUAAGGCGGCCAUAUUCACCUGCACCUUAAACACGCUGCGCGGUGUACAAACGUCGCUCGAGAAUGCUCACUCGUGUCCUAUUCUGUUGAUAGAGAUUCUGCUGAAGAAGGACGGCGCCGUGUUUGAACCAUCGGUGGAAUCGGUAGAGCAGACACUGAGACGCCUAACGGAGGAAGUCUGUUUGACGAUUCGACCAGUACCGAGUAUGGCCCGCCGUUAUCAGCUGGAUAAUGGAGAACGCAGCUUCUACCUGCAGCUACUAGAGCAUCCCGAUUACAUCCAAAUCACAAGAUCGAUAGACGAAACAAUUAAUGAUACGGUGCGGCUGCUGCGCACCUAUCAAUCGAAGUGGAACGUGUUUAGGCCGUUCUGGUGCGUUGAUAAGGCUGCAUUUAUCGAGCGUUUCAAACUCACGGCUAUGACCUCGGAAGCGUUCCAGAAGAAUAUCGAAAAGUUUGAAGAGCUUCAGAAUCAACUGUCCACGCAGGGUGAUUUUGUUGUGUGCCGUUCAGUGGAAAUAGAUGCACUGAAGCUGAAGUACGCUCUCACGAGUCACAUUGUCGAGUGGCAGACGAACUAUAUCGAGUAUUUGAAAUGUAUCGCUUAUGGGAAAAUUAUUGACUUUGACAAUAUUUUGAAGAAAAACGUAGAAGAGUUACGUCACGAGCCUACGGAAGUGUACGAAUUGAAGCAGCUAGAAGAACGCUACCGGAUCUGCUUCGAAGAGCUACCAGAGAAGGAGCAAGAAAUCGGAAUAAUUCUAAAAUACUUCGUUGUGCUGGAAAAGUAUGUCGCCGAUUUGUUACCGGAAGCGUACGAAUUGCGCCGAAACAUUGACCAGAUUUGGGCACAGUACCAGUCGGAUUUGAAAGCAAUUCGAGAGCAAAUAGAAAAUUACCAGGAUCAGUUCAAGCUGUCGAUGACCGGAGCGGCCGAUGCGCUCAAGGUGGAUGCACUGCAAAUGCUGAAGAUGCUACGCGAAGAAAUGCCCACGUCGGAAGACUCAUGGGUAAGCAUUUCCUUCACAUUCCCGUUCUUGUCCCGUAGGACUCCGGACGAAGCAUUCGAAGCAAUUGACCGUUUAAUGAUGCAAUUGGAAGUGCUAGAACGCCGCGAGCGUGAGAUCGAGGAACGGAUGCGGUUGCUCGGUGUCGAUUAUGUGCGGUUGCCCGCUCUGCGAGAAAUUCGUUCCAAGCUAGAAAAUUUACGUCAAGUGUGGAUUCUAGUGCAAGAGUGGCGGAUAGAACGGGAUCGUAUAAUGGCCGAAAGCUAUCGCACAGCGGAUGAAAUCGAACUGAAUGUGUUGUCAGGCCACUUUCGACAAACGUACGAAACUCUUGCUGAAGGUCCUAUUGGUAAGGAAGCGUUUGAUGUGUUCUUUCGCGUGGGCGAAGAAAUUUCACAUUUCUGCAUUACCGUUACGAUCGUGUGUACGAUGCGGGCCUCCUUCAUGCAAGAGCGUCACUGGCUUAGGGUGACAGAAAUAGCAAAAUGCGAUAAGGCAAGCGAAGUACCAGGAUCACAGUGCAGCUUCCACGAUAUGACCGAGCUGAAACUGUACAAUUACGAGGAAGAGCUGUUAGAUCUAUGCUUUGCCGCACGUAAGGAACACGAGGUGGAGCUCGACCUGGAAGCAGUUGCUUCACGAGUCCGAGCAGUUGAAUUCAGCAUCCGCCAACCAACAGGCGGGGCUGGAUUCCUUGAGCUACGCAGCCCGGGUACCCAUUUCACUACGUUGGCGGAUAAUAUUGGGAUCAUAAAUCGACUUCGACGAUCGCCACAUCGACACCCGUUCCAAUCGCUGAUCGACUAUUGGGAGCACACGCUGGGACUUCUGGAGGAGAUGCUGGAGAUAAUUGUGCGCAUGGAGUACGAGUGUCGAACAUUGCACGAGCUGCAUCGAAUCACUAGAGGCAUUGCGCGCGGUUCCAAGAUGGAUGAUUUCAACGAUGGAUUUCGAGAAUGUUUCGCCCAAUGGUGUGAACUGAUGCGCUACAUUUCGACAGCAAGACUCGUGGAGGAUGUGUGCCCGGUAGGGCAAGAAUUCAUCGGCGAACUUGAAUCCGUCCGCAAGCGGCUCAAUCAGCAAGCUAAUGCAUUGAAUGAUGUUUUGUGCGCACAGCGAGAAGUUUUCCCGCGUUUUUAUUUUCUCUCGGACAGCCAGCUCGUGCGUUUGAUCUCAGCUCCGUUAAACUAUACACAGCUGGAGCAAUCGUUGCCCAUCCUGUACGAAAAUGUUACUCGGUUCCAUCUGCUAGAGCGGGGAAAACAGAACGCCCCAAGCAUUGGUGGGGUGUACACCCGGGACAUGGAGUAUCUACCGUUCGCUGGAUCUCCUCCCGAUCCAGUGCGGCAACCGGAUGGUGUGACGGAAUUCAUGAACGUACUCGAAUGUCACAUUCACGAUGCGAUGCAAGAUUUAUUGUCGACAUGUCAUACAGCCUUAAAGCGGAGCUACUUCAGGCGGGUGGAGUCCGGGUGGUUGCGUAGCUGGCCGUUGCAGCUGUGUCUAAAGAGUGCCGAGCUGCAGCACACUCUGCAUACCAGGAAUGCCUUGGUGCAGUGCAGUCUGCUCGGUAAGAAAAAACCGUUGAAAAUGUUGCGUGCGUUGCACACUAAGUACAUCAGGACGCAAAUAUCGAGAUUUGUACAGUUAAAUACUCAUGUUUCAUUCACAUUUCGUCUUCGUCUUUCUCAGUUGCUUCAAGAAUUGACGGCUUCGGCUUGCACAGACAAAGAACAGUGGCAAAGCAAGAAGCUGUACAAUUUGCUAGUUCUAGAACUGAACGCGCGUGAUCUGAUCGAGCGUCUAUGUCACCGAAAGGAGCUGCAUGGAUUAGAAACCUUUGAGUGGAUUUCCCAGCUACACUCGUACUGGCAUACGACAGGUCGCAAGUGCGUUAUACAGCUGCUCGAUGCACGCUUUUCUUACGGUUACGAAUGCAAACGCUCUACAGAACCUAUGUUGCUUACACCUGUGAGUGAGCGGGCUCGAAUGGCAACGAUAUGUGCGCUAAAAUCAAAUCAAAUUCCUCUGAUCCUAAGCACAUCUGGCGGAUGCGGUGGUCGACAGGUAUUGUUGGAAAGUUUAGCACACUCACUGGGCGUUUUCCUCCUAACGAUUGAGUGUGAUGAAAGUUCUCCCAUGGAAAGUCUUAUGCGCAUUGUAAAGGGUAUUAAAAUGGUUGGAGGAUGGCUAGUGUUUAGAUGUUUCGAGCGUUUGUCAAACACUAUCGUGGCUCAAAUUAGUGACAAUUUACGAGAAACGAUCAAUGCACAGCGAAUACCAGUGACUGUUACACGGAAGUUUAUUUCAAGAGAACGAUUUCAACUGUUUGCACUUACCAGUUCCAGCAGUCUGCGUUCCAACAAGAAGAUGGCGCAGGAAUUAGAUAGAACACUAUUCCGCCCCGUAUAUUUAACCACCGUUGAUCGGGUGAAAGUGAUCGAAUCUUGGCUUUGGUUGGCGGGAUGUAAUCACAGUGCCCGGAAUGCAAAGUUAAUAGCGCGGUUUCUUCAUCAAAUGAAGCUUACGAAUCCGAACUUAGUCGAGAGAGGGUUGUUUUCAUUGCGGAAAUUAAAACAACUGAUAGUAAACAUACGAAUUGUCAAACUUAUCCCAGUGGUAAACAUCAGCAAAACGGAUCACUUCACAGUACGAGAAUGGAGCGUAGAGAAACAAGCAUUCCUUUCCGCAUUUGUGCAUACAUACAAAGGAUGCAUUUCUGAUGAAGAAAUGCAAAAUUGCUAUCGUAAUUUGUGUCUUGUUUAUGGUGAGUUUGAUGAUUAUUCUUCAACAGCAGACCAAGAGCUUAUAGAUAUGGUGCGAGAUCGAAGUAAAGCUUUGAACUUCAAGCUUUCAGAUCGUAUGAUUGACAAGGUUUUAUUGCUGCAUCAGUCACUUCUUGGUGUGGGCCGCCCGAUAAUAGUGUCCGGGAUGCCUGGAACGGGCAAAAGCGUCUGUAUUGAUAUCGCCCUUGGCAUAACGAAACCCGCCUACGAAUCGUACCGGCUUAUCCCCAACACUUUGCGGAAGUCCGCCCAACCUCGUGUAUUCGACCGGGAAUGGCUGGACAACAUCAUACAGACGAGCUUGCGUCCUCCGUCUGGCAGUGAGUGCAUCGGUAGAAAGUGUUUGAUAUUCGAUAGCGUACCGUGCGAUGAAUGGAUCGAUUGCGUCGUCCAGCUAGCACGUCCCGGGCAGUAUAAGAGCUACGAUUUUACGCAGAUUACGACCGAUGGCCCUGACCGUGACGUGAAAGUGAUCGUCGAGUGCGUUGGUCCGCUUCAUACGAUGACGCCCUCAUCGGUGUCACAUUUCGCUCUCGUCCACAUCAGUAACGAUGAUCUCGGUUGGAUGGAUGUGGUGGAGGUAUGGUUGGAGCAAAAGCCUCAAAUCCUGUUGCGUGAGAAGUUGCAGGAACUGGUGACGAAAAACAUGCAAUCCCUUCUUUCUUACCGCCGACACGAAUGCCACACAAUUGCAGCUGUAUGCGAUGUGUCGCUGGUACGAACAUUCUGCCAACUGUGUGACAGUCUGCUCGCGCCAUUUGAUAUGAGCAAAAUUUUGCGACCGGAGAGUGGCGAGACGACGCUUCAGUUAUGGUCGGAAGCACUGGUGAAGGUGUUCUUUUUCUGUGCGGUUUGGUCCAUCGGUGGGUCGAUGGAUGAUGAAGGUAGUCGGAGUAAAUAUGAUCUGCUGCUCCGGGAGCAGCAUCCCGAGGCGGGUUUCCCAUUAAAAGGAAACGUUUACCAGGUCUAUGUCGACCUUCCGGAGGGCACGUGGCGGUCGUGGGAUUCAAAACUGUUGCCCCAGAUAUCCACAGAAACGACGGAAAGAUCAGUGAACGGUGAUAGUCAGAGCAUUUAUCGUAGUGCGUAUAUACGAAGUCCACAUACGAUCGCAUAUGAAUUUCUCGUAAAGGCACUGAUGAGAAAUGGAGCACCCGUUCUAUUGGGCAGUGAAACGGCUGUUGGGAAGACCGCUCUUGUGCAAGCCAUUUUAUCAGAGCUCGAGCAGGCUGGAUGGAACUCGAUGCACAUUGCUUUAACGCAAAGAACAACGACACUUCAAAUUCGCAAACGUUUACGUUGCCAUGCUUUAAAAAUCAUGAAAACUCGUCUAUAUCCGGAGGAUCGCAAACGAAUGGUUUGCUUUUUUGACGAUCUUCAUACCAUUCCCUCGAAUCCAUACGCGGUGGAUGAUUUUAUUCGAGGCUUUAGCGUUUCAGCCGGAUGGUAUGAAUCGGCCACUCCGAUGUGCAUAGAGCAAUGUCAAACGAUACUCGCCAUGCGUCUCCACCAUUGUCACGCGCCAACCCCUGCCAACAUGCACAGUUUGCUAAACAAAUGUCAUCUCCUAGUCAUGACACCUCCGGCCGAGGAACAGCUUGGACAAAUCUUCACCGAUAUGAUACUGUCAACCCUCGUGGAGCCAGCAAAACAUGGACCCGUGCUCAGACUGUUGGCGCCAGCAACGGUAGACUUUGUUGGGCGCCUCACGCGAAGACUUCCGCCCACACCGACACGGCUGCGGUACCAAUUCUCACUGCAGACAAUCGCGGCUAUAGUCCGUUCGGUGUGCCAUUGUUUGGGCACUGAUGGCUGGGAUGCUUAUCUGUCAGAAAAGACACAGCUACUGCGGCUAUGGAUACACGAAUGUUACCGGGAAUCGUGGGAUCGACUGGAACGACCAGAUCACAGAAGAUUCUACGAGCUGCUCAACGAAACCGUAUCUGGCUAUUUCGAGGUUACACUGCACGGGUUGUGUCCGAACAAUCAGAGUCCAAUUUUUACCGACAUGAUGCACGGAAAACUGAGCAAGAAUCCCUACGAGGACGUGCGGGAUAUUAAUCAAUUGAUAACCAGCGUCGAGGAACGAUGGAGUGAAGUUUUUGAUGAUUCCACGAAAAACCUCAUCAUCCACCGAGAAGCCAUAGAACACACCACGAAAGUGCUUCGGAGCAUUCGGCUUGGUCACGGUGGCAUGAUACUCAUGGGUCAUCCCGGUGGCGGAAGGGCCGUGGCUUGUCAACUCGCAGCCCGCCUUUCCCCGCACAAACCGAUCACACUCCAUCGUUUAAAAGUAAAGGCUCGAGAUGAACCGGAAGCGAUUGAGAGUGAAUUUUCGAGACUGUUUCAAGUGUGUCUGGAUCAGCAGGGUAUGGUGCUGGUGAUGGUGAAUCUCGACGACACCGUAGAGGCGGAACCAAAUGAACGACUAAUGGAACUGCUCGGUGGAAUAAUAGCAGGUGAAGAGUUAGGCGUGCUUUUUUGCGAAAAUAUCCCCAGCGGGCAAAGAAACAAACCGGCAGAAGGGACAGACGUUCAGGGUACAAUAGACUGGCAGAAAGUACGAAGCAAUUUACACUUUGUCCUAUGCUUACCCUUGGAAGUGGCCGCUUUCAGGUUCGUGUUUCUGGAAUGUCUGUUCUUGACCUUGGUGCGGUGGAGCACAUUAGCAGUCUGAUGAAAACAACGUUUCACUUUCAUUGCCACGGUAACGCAAAAGCAUUUUUUUUACUUUCUGUUUUCGUCGUUGCAUUUUAGAAUUAUUCUUCAUCGCUAUCCCUCGCUGGCGCGUGUUCUCACCGUGGACUGUAUGCACGAUUGGCCGGAGGUAUCGCUGCUGGAGAUUUCCAAGAAGUACCUGCUCAAGAACGUUCCACUCAACGUUCCCAUCCAGGGAGCGGAAGCUGGCAGUACAGCCACGAAGUCUCGAAGAAGAGAAAGCUUGGUCCAGAGCACCGAGGAGCGGCUCCAGAUUGCGACGCAUGAUUUAUUGUUCCGCAUACAUUAUGCCGUCCAAACAGAGGCGACUUUGCCAACCGCCGCUAAGCGAAAUAUAAUUGCACCCUGCAGUUGGUAUUUUGAGCUGCUCGAUACAUUCGAAAGGGUGCUGCGUGAAAAAAGGCUCGAAUUACAGGCCCUUCACCGUAAGUUCCGUGUCGGCAUCGAACGUAUUGAGGAUGCCACGCUAAAGGUGGCGAAUCUUUCCGAAGAGCUAGAGGAACGGCAACGUGAGAUAGCGCUUUUUCAAGAGCAAUUGGACGAGUUUCUGGAUGAGAUCGAUCACCAAACGAAAGAAGCGGACGAACAAAAGGAAGAGGUCUCGGUUAAGCGUGUAAAGAUCGGCGCGGAAGAGGUCGUUUGCAAACAGUUGGCGGAGGUUGCCGGAGCAGAUUUGCAACGAGCUAUGCCGGCACUGAAUGCAGCGGUUUCUGCCCUUGAUUCACUCAACAAAAAGGACAUGAACGAGAUUAAAUCGUACAGUCGGCCUCCAACGAAAGUUGAGUUGGUAAUGGAGGCGGUGAUGAUACUGCUCGGUAAGGAGCCUACUUGGGUGGAAUCGAAGCGGCAGCUGGGCGAGCAAAAAUUUCUGGACACGCUUAAAGGCUUCGAUCGCAACAAUAUAUCCGAGAAGACGCUCAAGACAAUUGGAGCUUACGUUCGCAAUCCGGAACUAGAACCCGAUAAGGUAGGGACUGUCUCCAAGGCGGCCAAGUCGCUGAUGCUUUGGGUACGUGCAAUAGAGAAUUAUGGCAAAGUCUACAAAUUUGUGGGACCUAAAAUUCGCAAAAUGGAAGAAGCCAAUGCGUCUCUUUUGGAAAAACAGAACGAACUUGCUGCUGCUGAACGGAAACUGAUAGAACUGGCGGAAAAGCUAGCCCGAUUGCGCGCUGAAUACGAUGCGAAGAUUGCCGAAAAGCUAUUACUGGAAGAAACAGCUCGCCAAAUGGCGAUAAAACUAAAACGCGCUCGAAACUUGGUGGACAAUUUAGCUGGCGAACGUAUCCGUUGGCUCGCGACUAAGAACGAACUUGAGACUAGCUAUGCCAGACUGAUCGGGGACACAUUGUUAGCUGCCGGUUUUCUAACCUAUCUAGGACCGGUGAAUAUUGAAACACGUACUUACUUUCUCGGUCAGUGGUUAAUCGAUCUGGAAACGCUGGAAAUUCCCUUCACCCGACAAUUCUCACUCACUGCCUAUUUUUACGAGCCUGGGGUGUUAAUCCGAUGGCACGAGAAUGGUCUUCCACCGGAUGAUUUUUCCGCUGAAAAUGCUACCAUUCUGAUGAAAAGUACGCGCGUGGCGUUGAUCGUUGAUCCACAAGAAGAAGCUCAGAAGUGGUUGAUUGCGGAACUGGAAGGGCAUGUUAUGUUGGUUGAUUUUGAUGAUGAAAUUUGCGAGUCUACGUUAGUGGAAACGUUUGAGCAACACGAACCACUUAUGGUAGAAAAUAUUAACCGUCGGAAUGUGAAUCAGUUGGAUGAGCUUUUCAAACUGCGCGCCAUAGUGGCGGCGUCGUGUGAAAAGUGUCGCGAGAAAAAUCAAUGCAGUGAAAUGGCCCAUCCUUUAUAUCUUGUUGGUCAGGAAUCGCUACGUAUGUCGGGUGCUUUGUUGAAGUGUGUUAAUCAGUUGAGCUUUGUGCUUGGUGCGGAGGGAUUGGAAAUGAAAAUGUUAAGACUGUUAGUACAAAGUGAAAAUCCUUCACUCGAGGAACGCAAGCAACUACUAGAACAGACAAUACUGCAGAACAAGAAAACGCUUGUAGAUCUAGAGGAACAGAUUUUGCGUAUAUUAAACGAAAGUAAAAUACCACUGCUAGAAGACGAAGUGUUGUAUCGUGUAUUGGAAAGUUCACGAGUAACGUUCGAAACCGUCUCAAAUGGAUUGCAGCAAGCAGAACAGACCCGACUCGAGAUCGAAAAUUCGCGGGAAGUUUAUCGAACCUGUGCUGCUCGUUCAGCAUUACUAUUUCUUGUCCUUGCUGAUCUGCAACUAUUCAAUCCUCUCUAUCGCUACUCUUUGGAAUGGUAUCAGGCCCUGUUCCUACUUUCGCUCGAGCGAAGUGGACGCGUGCAGCAGGUUACGGAGAGAAAGCGUCGAAUUGACGAUUAUCACACCUUCAAUGUGUUUCGAAUUGUAUCGCGCGGACUGUUUGAAAAUGAUAGAAAGCUUUUCGCUUUCUACUUGUGCAUUCGGCUGUUGUUUGCAGAUGAAGCGAUGAGUUUACGAGAGUUUCGUUUUCUAAUAUUCGGAGCGGGUAAAAUCGAUCGCCAGGAACAGAUGGAAAAUCCUUGUCGUAGUUGGCUAACCGACAUGUACUGGGAUCAGUUGACCGAUUUGGACCGACUCCCGGGGUUUCACGGCAUAAUGGAAUCCUUCGCUGAGCUGCCGGAUGAGUGGAAACAGUGGUAUCUUUCUUCUGUGCCGGAAGUAUCGCCACUGCCCGGAAAUUGGGAGAUAAAUUUAAAAAAGUUCCAAAAAUAUCUCAUCGUGCGGAGCUUACGCUUGGACCGAAUUGAGAACUGCAUGAGUGAUUUCACACGAGACACGUUGGGAGUGAAAUACGUUAAUGUUCCCGUGGGUUCACUGGAAGAUGCAUACCAGGAGUCUACCGCCCAUACCCUUAUACUGCUCCUUCUUCGUGGGAAUUCUAAUCCCCUUGCGAAGAUAGAGCGAAUGGCCCAGAAAGCUCACGGUUCUCCAACGGAAGCUGGCAAAAAAUGUUUCGAAACGCUAGCAAUAACUGAGGACCGAAUGGAAGCGUUUAUUGGACUGCUCCAACGAAGCAUUAUGGAUGAAUCAUGGCUGUACAUUAGCGACUGUCAUCUUUCUGAAACGUUCCUGAAGCAAUUGCCCCACGUGGUUGCGUUCUUGAAGCGCAACAAUCUCAACUCCAAGUUUCGCCUGUGGCUCAGUUCAAAGCCACACGAGGCACUGCCCUUGUCGGUUUUGCAAAACUGCAUCAAGUUGGCAUACGAAGAGCCAAAGGGCAUAAGGCAUCAUAUGGAAAAUCUGUACGACGAGAUCGGUGAGGCACGGUUCAAGAAAUCGACUGCAGCGAUGAAACAAAGUUCCACGAACGCCGGCACCACCGAGACACACUACAAGCGUUUGUUGUUCACGAUGGCUUUUCUGCACGGUUUACUGCUCGAACGGAACAAUUUCCAACAACUCGGAUGGAUCGAAUCAUACCAGUUUGUCAACAAUGAUUUUUGUCUGGCGGAAAGUCUUCUUUCGUACGGUUUGGAGAAGUUGCCCGUAAAGAAAGUUCCCGCCCCGCGGCUCCACCGUGGCAAAAGUGGUCGCACGAACGCGAAAGCCUCGAGUGCGGACGUUAGCCUCGAGGACGAUUUUCAUGGUUUAGAUCAGGGCGAGGAUGAGCAACAGCAUGAUGCGACGCCCUGGCAGUUUAUAAAGGGUGCCGCCCUGGAGCUUUGCUAUGGUGCUCAAAUCGGAUCGUACUGGGACCGUCGCAUCUAUGAGACGUAUCUGGAGGAACUCUUCCAUCCGCGACUGUUGACACCGACGGUUGUCGCGUCACCUUCGCCUGGUCGUGGUUGGUUCCGGUUGCCGCGAGAUGGAACAUACCAGACAUACGUGAAGUUCAUCGGCACCCAGCUGCCAGACCGUGACGGCAUCGAUGUCUUUGGACAGCACGAGAAUGCAAACAUUAAAUAUUUGAAAUCACGCUCCGACUACAUGCUGCAGAUGCUAACCAGAGUGGCAAAGGAUCCAGCACAGCAAGGGCCUUCCGAGCAACAGCGGCAACAUGGGCAGGAUCAUGAGCGCACGAAGCAAACAAUCUCGGACCUCUUAUCGACACUUCCUGUUUACCUGGACUACGAGAAUGCGCUCCGUAUUGUGGGUGCCGGCGCAAACAGAACGCCCGUUUCUGAUGCAAUGCUGGCGGAGGUUUGCACCUACAAUGCCAUCCUUACACGUGUGCAAUCCGACUGUCGCUGUCUGUCCCGGAUGCUGACGGGUGCAACGAACGAACUGUUGGAUGAAGAUACCGGCAGAUGGAGCGUACUGUUAGCCGCACUCCAGAUAAACAAGGUUCCCGAGACUUGGGCUUCCAGUGGUGAAGUAGAUGAAAGCUCCUGUGUGGCUGCAGUGCGUGUAUCACUUUCGGAUUGGAUACUGCAGCUAAGGGAACGCAUCGGAUACUUCCGACGGUGGACCGAAACGGGUCAGCUUCCGGUGGAGAUUCUGUUGGGACGGUUCACUGAUCCGAAACGUUUCUUCAACGGUGUAUUGCAGCAUCACGCAAAAGUGUACGGAAUUCCUUUCGAAGAACUGCGUUGGGAUUGUACGAUCUAUAGCACGAACAAACCGUUAGAGCGUAUACCGAUACAGGAUGGCUUCAUUGCUUGGGGAUUGAAGUUGGAAAAUGGUAGCUGGGACUGGGAGAAGCAAACACUUACCAUGCCGGACAUUUUGGAGAUGACUUGUCCGAUGCCACCGGUAGCCUUCCGCCCUAUUCGAAGAUCCAUUGAAGUUGAAGAAAUUUCCGAAUCCUUGCCAUUAUACCAAUGUCCAGUGUUUUACAGUUCGGAUCGGAGUGAAAAAGCUUUUAUUUUAGUCCUUCAAUUGGCUGUCGGUGAUCAACAGAACGAACAGGGUUGGAGCAUGUUAAAUACGGCUCUGCUAUUGAACGAUUAGGAUGCAAAGAAACUUUCAAUAACGGACACGGGGAGUUGUGUUCAAGUGCGAUCCAAUUGUUCAUUUAUUUUUAAAAAUUACUUCAUUAAAGAAAUCGGACCCUUCGGUAGUUAAAACCUAGGAGCACGCGUACAAGUA